UUGUGUAUUCAUAUAUUUGUUCGGAAAAGAAAUCGGCAUUUAUUGCAUUUUUCAGAAAGAUUAGUGAGUUACCGUAGAUUUGGGAGCUAAUACUAGAAAUGCGUCAAUCAACCCUUCUCAUGACGUUUCUUUUUUGCAGAUGGUGUUUGUGUCAAAAUACCCGGCGUUAAAACAAAACAGCAAUGUUCCACUCCACGAGCGUAUUUUAGAAGCAUGCCGUCAACAUGCGGCAGCCAACAAGGAUGCGAUUAUUUUUGUGAGUAGCCUAAAUAACUCCCUAGAUAGGAAUAAUUGUGAUUUUUGUUCAGAUUGACGCAGAAACGACGACAAAAAAGAGGAAAUUCAGUGAUAUUGAGCCGGCUGUGAAUAGUUUGGCGACGGCUUUGAUGAAAUUGGGAUUGAAACCUGGUGAUAUUGUGUCGCAGGUUUUGCCGAAUUGUCCAGAGUUUUUGAUCAAUAUGUUGGCUGUGCAGAAGUGUGGAGCUGCUAUGUCAAAUGCCAGCCCUAUUUUCACAGAUUGUAAGCGAUUUUUUCAGCUCCAGAAAUCUGGAUAAACUGACAAUUUUGAUGAAAAAUAUCGAAAUAUACCAAAUCGAACAUGCUGAUCACGAUUCCGAAGUCAAAAGUUGACACAGACUCCUGUGACUACUUUUCUGGAGCUUCAAAGUUAGAAUUGAGUUUUGGUUUUCGCCUAUUUUCAUCUUGUUCUUGGGUGGAAAAUCAAUUUUUAUAACUUGAAUAAGGUUUUGCACCACCUUUUGUUUUUCAAAAAAUAUAAAAAACCAGCUAAAAAAUCUGUAAUUUUUCAAAGUGCACAAAAAACUUCUGAAAAUUACAGAUUUCAGCUGGUUUUUUAUAUUUUUUGAAAAACAAAAGGUGGUGCACAACCCCAUCCAAGUUAUAAAAUUGAUUUUCCUCCCUGGAACAUGGUGAAAAUGGGCGAAAACCAAAACUCAAUUCUAACUUUGGAGCUCCAGAAAAAUGUUCACAGGAGUUUGUGUCAAUUUUUGACUUUGGAAUCGUGAUCAGCAUGUUAGAUUUGGUAUAUUUCGAGAUGUUUCAUCAAAAUUUAACACCUGACAUUAUGCAUUUCCCUUUUCAACUCCCAAUUCUCCUAAUUUUCCAGACGAGCUUCAAAACCAAUUCCACGACUCAAAAUCAGUGCUCGUUUUCACCGACGAAGAUCGGCUAAGUCGAGUGCGCCGUGCAAUAACCCACGUGCCAACAAUUCAAAAAAUCAUCUGUCUUCGCACAUUUCCGAUGAAAACCGAUUUCCCCGAAAAUGUGCUCGAUUUCGGCGAACUCGUCAAAACACCAGCCGAACCAAUCAAUUUGACAUAUGACAUGGAUUCACUCGCAAUGGUCCCAUAUUCAUCCGGAACCACUGGAAGACCGAAAGGUUGUCGAAUUUCGCAUCGAAAUAUGGUGACAAUGAUGGAUAUCUCUGUGGAUCAUUUGAAUAACGAAAUUGCGAAAGCUGUGUUUGGAAAAGAGGAGAAAAAUUGGCGAAAAGAGCAUACAUUGCUCAUGUUACCCUGGUAUCACGCUUUUGGAAUGAAUGUGAUGCUCGAAUCGAUUAUUUUGGGAAUGACUGGAUUGGUGUUCAAGAAAUUUGACACGAUUACCAUGCUCAAUCGUAUCAAAUUCUUCAAAGUCAAACUCAUUUACAUGGUCCCACCGAUGCUCAUAUUUUUGGCCAAAGAUAUGAUGGUCCCGAUUUUCCGUGUUGAACCAUUUGUCAAAGUCAUUCUAUCGGCUGGCGCCACCGCCGGAAAACAAUUGAUUGAGGAGGUUUUGAAGCGAUUUCCACACGCUUGGAUUUGUCAGGCUUAUGGGAUGAGUGAAAUGGUGCAAUUCACGACGUUUCCAAGAUUUGAGGAUGGUCAUUGUUUUGAGCAGGUUUGAUCGUUGUCAUUGCGGAGUGUUGUAGUUUUGAAAAAUCUUUGCAGGUCGGUGCACUUGGCCCAACUUUUGAGAUGAAAAUCAUCAAUGCGGCUGGUGCCGAAGUAACAAAACCCAAUAUAAUUGGAGAGUUGUGUUUCCGUGGUCCGGCUGUCAUGAAAGGUUAUUUGAACGGACGUGAAGCGCAUAUUAUUGACAAGGAUGGUUUUUUGCACUCGGGAGAUUUGGGAAGUGUUGAUGAGAAGGGAUGUGUUCAUUUGACUGGGCGUAUUAAGGAGUUGAUUAAGGUCAAUGGAAUGCAGGUGAGGAUUUUUGGGGAACACUGAAUUUCAGACAAUUUUUGGAUUAUUUUUAUAAUUUUAAAAAUCAUGGCCUAACUUUCCGAUAAGAGUUUGUUUUCUAGGCCAUGUCUGAAAUCAUGAAAUAUCUGGAUUUCAGACUCGAAAUUUCAAUAUUUUUUUCUGUUUUCAAGACGUGGGCCAGUUUUUCUAAUAUAUGUGGUUUUCUAGGCCAAUGUCUAAAACAAUGUGUCUGAUUUCAGGCUAGAAAUUUUGAGAUUUUGCUUGAAUUUUGCGCAUAAUUCUCCUCCUGAUUCCGAAAAUUCUAAUUUUCUGUGGUUUCUCUCAAUUUGAGAGUCUCAAACUGUUUUUCGAUCGGAUUAUCUAGAAAUAGCGUGAAAUCUGGACUUUUUUGCCCAAGAAAAUGAAUUUCAACAGAACAAUUUCAAAUCUCAAAUUCAAAAUAUUGAUUUUUUUCAGGUUCCACCAGUCGAAAUUGAAGAUGUCCUUCUUCUUCACCCAAAAGUCAAAGAUUGUGCAGUGAUUGGUGUUGCAGAUGAGCAAUGUGGUGAAUCGCCAAAAGCAUUUAUCGUCAAAAAAGAUCACACAUUAACUGAAUCCGAACUGACAGCUUGGGUUCAAUCGAAAUUGUCGUCCUACAAAUGGAUCACAGCUGGCUACGAAUUUGUGGAUUCGAUUCCGAAAUUGCCGUCGGGCAAAAUUUUGCGUCGAAAAUUGAGUACUAGCGAACAUCAAAAGGAGCCGAAACAGGAUUCGGAUGUGACUUCGGAGAGUAUUAGAUCGUAG